ACUUUAUUUACAAAAGAGAAAACCCAUCAUAUUUCUCUAUAUAUAUUAAUAAGGGCUUUGAGUACUAUUCAGUUCCAUUAGCAAAUAUUGAAAAAAUAAACAAUACAAAACAAAAAAAUGGUUUCAUCAGGCAAAUACGUUUUCCUCGUGUUCUUAUGCAUGGUUGUUCUUCUCGCCCCAAGUGAAUUGCACGCAAAAUCUAUGGUCGAAAAUAAGGAUGCUCACAAAUGGUACAUUGUCGAAGGUCUAUGCUCAAAAUAUCCGGACUGCAAUAAGCAUUGCAAAGAAAACAAAUUUCCAUUAGGUGGAAAAUGCCUCAAAUUUGGUGUUAAUAUGAUGUGUACUUGUAUUUCUACAUAAUCUCGUUUAUAAUAUUUCAUGAGUAUUACAAUAUUUUAAGUAAAAAAAUGUUGCAAAAUAAAUUUUCAAUAAUAAUAUUAUUUAAUCAA